UUUGACUCAAACGUCCUUUGGGUGGAUCAUGCUCUAAACAGAAAGAAAGACCAUCGAGCGCGCGCAGCAUCCCGACGACAACGCGUGUUCGCGCGCUGCGAGAGAAGGGAAGGAGAGGAGGAGAGAGAGUGAGAGAGGAGAUUGGGGGGGACAGAGAUAGGGUAGUAAAAAUGAUGGCGACCGAUUCAGUGGAGAUAAGAAACCAAACGAGCCCCUGUCCCAUCCCUGACAACAGUCUCAGCACUCUGUCCAUCAAAAUAACGCGGAAAAACCAGGACAGACACUGGAAGUUGCGGUUUAUUUAUCUGCAGUGCUACUUUUUGACCAUUGCAACAAUACUGGGAACUGGAAUCUUAGGUCUUCCAGUAACGAUAGCCCAUGCUGGACUGGUGCCUUUCCUGUUCUCCUUUAUUGUUGGCUUCUUUGUCCAGGCCUUGCUGAUCUACCUGUUUGUGGAGCUUCUUCAGAAAUGUCAGGUGAUGCAGCUGGAAUCCUUAAAGACAGGUGUUGCAGAGUGUAUAGUCAUGGAUCAGGUGGGUGUGGAGGAUCCAGUUCAUACUGAGGAAGAAGAUGAUGACAGUGAAAAUGCAGAAGCAGAUACAGGUUUACUACAGCCGGAUGCAGCAGCUCUGCAUGACCAAGCCGGCAGUCUGCAGCCGAACCUUCAUCUGCUUGGGCGAAUCUUCCUCUCCCGCCCCAUGAGCCAUGCUUUUAACUGCAUUCUCCUCUUCCAAUUCAUUUCAAUUGGAAUUAGUUAUGUCUUAGCUGGCAGUGAGGCCUACGCUGCACUUCUUAAUGUCAGCCACAUCUAUGUGAUCCCAGUCUUCACCUGGACCCUGACUCUUGCUAUCUUACUGGCCCACACAGUUAUUCAGCCAAUCACUUCAGUGCUCACCCUCCUGAAAGGAAUCCUCCUCAUUGUCACGGUGGCUGUGACAUUUGCAGUGGGGUCAGAGGUCGGCCUUCAGAGCAGCAGUGACUUCAGUCAGAUGGGAAAACCUUUCCUAAUGGGCACAGUGGCUCUGGGUGGGAUUGUAAACGUGAUGCCUCUGCUUUUCUCACAGAUCUCACACAACAGAACACAGAUCCUGUGGUUUCGGAGAGCAGUGAUUGGAGGUCUGACAACCUGCACUGUGCUCAACAUCCUCUGGUGCUGGGCAGUGCUGGAAAUUGUCCCGCAGACAUCAUUCCCAGAGAGGAGGAUGACACCGGAAACAACAACCAGGCCUGACUACAGCAGCCCCUCUGGUCCUCCAUCCUCAGUCUCCUCACAGAAAUACUCUAACAUCUCGCUAGAAGAGUCAGAAAAAGCAGGAGAGAUUGCCACUAUUCCACUGACUAAGAUCAUUAAUGAACGUUACAGGGCUUAUUCAUGGGUGGCUGAGCUGAUCCAGGUGUUUAUAGCCAUCAGCGUCACUGUGUCCUUCCUGGUUAUGGGAUCUGCUAUGAAGCACACCAUCGAUGGUCUGGUGAGCUCACUGUGGAGCAGCAAGCUGGAGUGGCUGACUAAAGCCUGGGAGCCAAAGUUGCCAAAUAAACAGCACAUCUGCUCAGCAAGAAGCGUGGCCAAAGGAUUCAUGUCACUGCUCGGGUUCGUUGUCAUCUUUAUUGUGUCGGUGUGUGAUCCCAGGGGUUUUGUUGUCAUGUUGGACAAAGUUGUGUCGUUCUCCCUCAACACUGAAGUGGGACUGUUUGUCUUCAUCAUGCUGAGAGAAUGCAGAGAGGACAGAUUCCAACAGCUUGCCGUCCCUCUGCCACUGGGCGACUGCGUGUUCAGCCUCAGCUGGCUGUUGCCCACCUACUUCCUGUUUGCAGUAACCUACGACGUCCUGCAGACCCUGGCGGAUCUGGCGCAUUAUCUGCAUUUCUACAACCACGAUCAGGAGCCACACAUUUACAAUCUGACGGGGAGUUUAGCAGCAGCCAAUCUCUCCACCCUCCUCUGAUCUAAGCAGCUAGUUAAGGCACAAACUGGUAGGAGUUAAAAUUGCCAAAAUGACAAGCUUAGCACCUUUGUUUGUUUGUUUUUAUCUGUGCACUGCACUUUCCCAAAAACCGUGUACGUAACAAUCUAACAGUCAGCUGAAGAGGGCUCUCUUUUGUUAUCUCACGGUGGCCAUCCUUGCUCAAGUUGGCGACACAGUAGAGAUCAAAAUUUCAGACUGUUUUUUUCCUUUCAGUGGCCUUCAUGGCAUAUUAGCUGUAGAUUUAGGACUCAUCUAGGAAGGAAAUAAGGAAGUGUGGACCCAGUGUGUAACUAAAGUGAUCAAAGUUAGAUAAAAGUUUUUGUUGCUAUAAAAUAAUAGACAUCUAAAAAUUACAUUCCUGAUGAUCAAGAACUGUAGAAGCCGUCUUAAUUGGAGCGGCUGGCAGAUCUGCAGCGUGGAUGUUACCAAUUCCACACCUGCUCCGUUUGAUUUCGUCCCGCUGUUUCUUCAUCUCGUCCUCAGUCUGUUAACCGUAGUGGAUUUCUUAGCCAUAGCAUUGUCCUCAGCAGUCAACCGGAGAUUCUCGAUUGGGUUUAGUUCAGGAUUCAGGGUUUGCCAUUUCAUUAUUUCAGGCUUAACAGCUGCAAGGAAGUGCUUUCCCGGUUCUGCAGAGUGAUUACGGAGCAUUGUCUUGCAUAAAUAUUGUUGGCUGAUUAGACGCUGAUGUCAGGGAGGGAAUAAUCUGUGUUGGAGGAGCUUCAUCGGGACAUUAGCAUUCACCUUGCUGAGGGGAUGUGUAAGAGGCUCAAACUUUGCAGCAGAAAACAUCCACCAAACCAUUAACCUCCCUCCUCCAAACUUAACUGGCUUCUUCACACUGCUGUGGGUGCAUUUGUUUUCCAGUUUUAGUGCAGAACAUGAUGCUUGCUGUGUGAACUUAUUAUUAUACCAGUUCCUCUGUGUCCACGUGAUCUGUUCCUCUGCAGAUUUCAGUAUACGCUUUUGAUUUCUCCUGUUUCACGAUUGGUUUGGUCCCUGCGGGCUUUCAGUCUGAUUUCUGUAUACCGAGAAAGGACCUUACACCUUUUCAGCCGAGAAUCGGCAUCAGUGUUGAAUCAAAUCUGUACUGAGACUUUUCUCCUCUUCUCCUUCGGCUUGUAUAGACGGCCAGCAUUUUAGAGGUAAACUGUUUGAAUAUUCUAGCAGUCAGUGCUCUUUGAACAACCGGCUCCUCUAAUACAUUCAGCCAUCAACCACAGCCAUCAACAACCAGCAGCUCCCCAUCUUUCAAAAUGAUUGUUCUCUAUUUUUAUGGGGUCUGUCAGAUCCCAAAGCGUUCUCUAGUUUUGAUCACGGUUCCUUCAGAAAUUCUCGUUAAAGUUUUUUUGCAGUUUUGUUGUACAGUAUUUUCAGCGUUUUCAAAUUCGACACUAUGCCUCAAUGACAUCUUUUUAUUAGUGUUAGGGUAACUUUAAAUUUGAAUUGUUACAGCCUUGACUUUAUUCUCUAAUUUUGGUCUCUACUGUACAAUAGUGCCAUUUUUCUGGGUGUGCUUAGUUCGUAUUGAGUCGAUUUCUCUUAACUCUCAUUUUGAGUGUUUUAUACAGCCUUUUAACCAGGCUGCAGCCAGUCUGUGUGAUGGGUAGAGCACAGACUAACUGGGUAAUAUUUAGAUUGGAAAUCAGAUUAAUGUUCAAAAAGCGAGAGACAGAUUAAAUCCUACUGAGAUGAAACAUUUCAGCGUGCUUAGUUUUUUGCAUCCAGUCUGACGGUAAAUACACUUUGAAAUUCUUAGUGCUGUGCAAACGUUUCAAGCAAGUAAAGUGAGGAUAGUUUGCAGUUAUCAGCUGUUAACGUUUUACAGAUUGUGAAGUAGGGCGAAACCUAAAUCAAAUCAGUGCUUUGCCUUUUAAAUCAGCACCAGUUCAUGUCGGUACACUUGCACAAAGUUCUUUUAAGUCAUUUGGAAGGCAGGUUGUUCCAGGAAUCCCAACAGUUCUCAUGUGGAUUUCCUCUGCCUGUGUCUUCUGUCUCUUCAUGUAAUCCCAGACUCACUCCAUGAUGUAGAGAUCAGAGUUCUGUGGGUGUUACACCAUCUGUUACAGGACUUCUUGUUCUUGUUGUGGCUGAAGUUAGUUUUUCAUGACUGGCUGUUGCGAGGCAUCUUCAUGCUGUAUGAUGAAUCUGGGCUUUCCUGUAUAUGGUGUCUGAUAAAUGGGACUAAACAUCAGAAACUUCUGCACAGUACUAUUUAUUACUUUGUUAUAGAUUUACUCCUUAACGCCUUAUGCAGAGUAUAAAAAUGGCAUUUAUUUAAACAGUAAUGUAUAAUAGUAGAGUAAGUUAUAUAGUUAUGACAUAGGCAGAUCUCUUCUUCAGGGUUUUUCAGCCUUUGCUGCAGUCUACAUUAUUUUCAUACUAAUAAUAUUGCAGUGCACACACAGGCACACGCACACACAAUCAUGUUUUCAUAUCAAUGUGGGGACAACUAAUUGACAUAAUGCUUUCUGUAACCCUGAAACUAAAAACCACAUUUUGAAUCACAAAAAUACCUUCAAACUCGUGGGAACGUGGAUUUUGUUCCCAUAAGGGCUGUUGGUCCUCACAUGUAUAGUAAACUUCCAAUUUUUGGUCUCCACAAAGAUAUGUAAACUAGUACAGGCACACACACACACACACACACACACACACACACACACAGAGGACUUAAAGGCAGCGUGUCACUGCACUCCACACAGCAUUAGUACGCACAAUGAAAAGUUAGACUAGAGAGGCUCCCAGUGGUCUCUUUGCAUGUUCACAAAUGCAAGAACUUUUGGUUCAGGCAUGAGCUCCAUUUAGCCUCCCAAUACACAAGCUAAACCUGACAAAAAUGUGUAUUUUAUUAUAACCAGUUGACUGAUUACUCAUGUCUAGGGCAUGUACUAUAAAGCAUUUGGGGAUUCAGGAUUAGCCUGAUGUUUAAGGCCACAGCAGGUUAAGUUGGAGAUAAGAGAUCAACUCAUGCAGUGAAAAAAAUCACCACCUACCAUCACCACCCCCAGAAGAUCCCUCAGACCUCAGUAGGCACAAAAUAACUGUAUCUUUAGUUUUAAGAGACUAUGUGAAGUCUUUCUCUCUGUGACACCAUCAAUAAGAAAUAGAGUAUUAGAAGCAACCUCCUGACCUGCUUUUUUAAGUGCUGGUUGCAAACAACUUUUAAGCCACUCUAUUUUUCCAUAAGCCUUAAAAUACUGAUAUAAUCCUCAGACAGGGCACUUAAGCCUUUUACUUGUUGACCUUGUAUAAAAUUUGUAAGUCAGCCUCCUUACUGGCAUGAGCUGCUGUUUUUUGCCAACUUUUCCGGUUUUACUGACCACGCAAAGCUUUGAAAGCCCACACACUUUCAUGUGGGGCUUAUCCUACCACGCCGCUGCUGUGUUUAGGCCACAGUGUGAGUUUAAUCUUGUUUAAUUUCUCUAAUAAUCAAGUUUAUUAUUUAAUUUUUACAAUCAAUGCCUCUGCUGACUUGUCUGGUCACAUGAUGCCAAACUCUGGGAUGACUCCCAUCCUUGUUGCAUAAGGAAAAGAUAUAUCUGGGGUAGGUUGAACUUGCUUUGUGUUGCUUGACGUGUUUACCUGGGACCUGUAAACCUACAAAGUCCAGCACAUCCACAUCUUGUUGAUUUCUGAGUUCUCCUACCCCAUCAUUACAGCUAUUUAAAUUAACAGGCUGUUGUCUGAUGUAAGAAAGGUUUAGCUACUCUUUCAGCUUCAACCUACGCUUUUAGUUAACAGCGAGCAAAGAAAAAAAGUUGCUUUUGAGUCUAUUUCUAACCCAUGCUCAUCAGAGAAAGACAAACCUGUCUCUGAAACCUCACAAAACUGGAACAGCGAGUUUCUGAGGAAUCUUCAGGAAUGAUGAUGCUGUUUUCCUGAGAACCGAUUGGUCAGUAGACGGUGAUUUUGUGCAUGUUGAUAUCUUACCUGCCGCGGAGCAGGGUAAGCCUGCAGCACAAGUUAAUAUGCAGAUGUGUCCUGGUAAGACAGUGGCAGUGAAAAGCCAGGGUCUAGCUUCAUAGUACAGGCUUGUGAGCAUUUCACCGCUUCGCUUUCAUUUAAUUUCGAUGGGUCAGGGUUAGCGGGGAAUGCAGCAUGCCGCUUCGGUUUGAUUGCUUUCUGCAGAAGCACCAGCCUGAGGACGUUUGAAAUCAAAGAUUUACUGUUUUAUUAAAGUCGGCUAUUUUUGUUUGACAUAUAUUAAAAAAAACAUGUAUUCAUGAUUGCCAUUCAGUCGUAUUCUUUGGCGUUAUUUCAGCACCGACACUCUACAGACACACAAAUAAAAACUCAAAGCUCUUAUCAAAAUAUAUUUUAUUCUGCACUUAAGUUUCACUGAUCGGACUUAAAUGAUGACACAUGAAAGUGAUGCGAGCUGCAGAGAAAAACAAAGAGGCUCGGGGAGCCCAUCGCAGGCGCUGCCGGGCUGACUCUGUGGCACAGACCAAAUCAGGGGGACCCUGCCCGUGUGACAUGUUGGGAGGAAUUUCAGUACUUGAAUGCUUUGAGUACAGGAAAGUUAAAAACAAAAGGAACAGGUACAAAAUAUCAGACUUUUAACACUAAUGCAUGAAAACCGUCAGCCCAGAAGUAGAAAUUUAUUGUAGAGAAGAAGAAAUGAGUUAAUUUGCAAUUGUACAAACUUUUCUCAGAGGCAGAACUUCUCCUCGAGGCAGGUUUGGGUUUAAUUAAACCUCUGAAGUUGCAUUCAUGGAUGCACUUUUUUUGGCCAAUUAGGAUUUUGGUGGAUUUUACCUCGAAUGAGUUCUUUGGUUCGGAGGUUUAACUCGAGUAUUGAGUUAUAGUUGUCUCAGCUUUUAUAGGUGUUUUCCAACUGUUACCCAGACGCACAGCAGGUGCCCAACAGCGCAGCCAUGUUGGUUUCAAUUUAAAAUCUGGGAGCUUCUAUGCAACAGAGUUGAGAGCUGAUCGUGCGUUUCUCUCGUGGCUCAUUCGUCAGUGAUGUGAAGCGGCACGAUUUCACGUGUGCAAUAACACGCACACACAAAUAUAACUCCAUACUCGACCGCUGACCUGCGUCUGGAGCGACUCUCUCAAAGAAACAUCUGUGUGACUCCCAACUUUAUCUGGCUCAAUUUAAGAAUUACAAUCUCGUGUUUAGUGGACUUUCAGGAGACAGCGAUUCAGGGACAAAGCUUCCCGAAUGGAUUCAAGCAAAAUAAAAUAACUUUUUUUUUAAUUAAAACAUAGACAAAUUUAGUGGUGAUUUGCUCCUGGGAAAACGCUCCCCAGGCAAGGUGCCUUCAGAAUGACAGCUCAGCUCAGAAAGCUUUUACAUUACAGGGUCAACCUUUACUGUUUGCAUCAGAGUAACAAAAAAAAAUCUUUAAAAUUUAUUCAACAUGGAAAUUAACACUGCCAAUAAAUCAAUUCACUUUUUUUUUCUUCAGCUCUACAAAGAAAUUACAAAAACUUUAAAUUUGUCUUUAAAAGAGUAUAAAACGUCUCGUCAGCAGGGACCUUCGGAAUAAAAUUUAAGCUGAAUUUUUGGUGCAUAAAACCAAGAAUGACGAUGAGAGGGCAGAUGAGCAAAAAAUACACUAAAGAUGCAGCGUCAUGUUUUACUUUUAAUUCACCAAAACUGUCACGCUGUGACUUUUAGCCAUUUGUUUGUGUCUGGUUUGUUUGUCCUUUGGUGCCUCUAAUAAGUUCCUAACGCACUCGAGUGCAUUCUGAUCCGCGCAGACAGCUCGUCCCUGGUCUUCUUCUUGUAAAGGGUCGCUCUGAGCGGCCCUCCGCUGCCUGCCGGGGAAAUCUGAGUGACCAUAUUUAAAAAACUGUUUAAAAAAACCCUAAAGUUUCAAUUAUAAAAAUAUUUUAGGGACUUUUAUGAAGUUACUGUUUGAAUUCAACCAAGACAGCAAAGCCAAAUAAUUACUGUUUUCAGAACCAAGCUUGGAAAGCCACAACUGACCUCGCUCACCAGGUAGCAUGAUCAGAUCGAGGCGGUAUCCAAAGCUACUCCCUACCACAGACUUUCUGCCAGUUUCUUAUCCUGAAAUUUCUACUUCACGUAGUCCACCUAGCAGUGGAAUUAUACACACCGUGCACAAAUGCCGGCAACAGCACUGGUCACUUGCGGAUUUUCAAAAGUCUCAUUUAAAUUUAAUGUGAAAAGGGCCCGUGGUAUGCGCACACUUCCUGUUAACAGUCAGACUGAUCGGUGUUUGAAAACGGCCUGUUUACAUCAGCAUCACUGGUACCAGAAUAAAACUAGCUGAAACAAGUAGCUGCACAGCUAAACUUGCACACAAUCUAACUUUAAUUCUUCAAGCUAAUGAAAAUGGAAACUUUUCCAUUCUGGGAUCAUCUUCCACGUUUAACUGUGUAACACUUUACUCUGUUUUCUUUGGCUCGGCCCUCUGCAGGUUUUUUUCUUGCCUCCGGCAGCACGGACACUGAAACGUGAUGCUGAAUUUUCUCACUCUUUCAGUCUCAGACAGCUGAAGUUGAAUCCAAUUAGAGAUGUUUGCAGUCUUAAAAUUGCCAAAUGACACCUCGAUAACUGUGUGUUUGAGUUGGAAAUUCCUGUUGCUGUUAAGUUUCAAAAAACUGAAGGCAACAGAAAGUUUUGAUCAGCGGGGUAAAAGAAUCUUGACCCGUUUUAAAGCGUGUUAUCAAUGCCAUGUGCCUGCAUGGAGGCACAGAGGGAGAACUAGAGUGUGUCUAUGUAUUAAGAACUGCAUUUAACCAUGAGGCCUACUCCCAGCUGCAAGUGGAAAUCGCUGAAACACAUGAAGAAGAAAAAGCCUUCGCUUUGCUGCACUGUUUGGAAAUCGUGGCGAGGACGCUGCUCUUCGUAACGGUUGGGUGUGCGUGUUUGUGUGUUCGAGUGUGUCUGUUUUGUGUGUCUGUCGUCCUCCUAAACCUGUAAAUCCUCACCAAGCCCCCCUCCCG